AUGUUAUUCGUGAAAUUGUGUACUUUUGUUGUGAUAAUUUUAGAAGUUGUAUGGGGACAAAGAAUAUCUCCAAAUAAUAGCGAUUUGGUAAACAGUACACGUUCAAAAACGGGCAGAUUCUUAUUCAAUCAAAUCUUGACAUUAACGGGACUUUUUGGCGGAGGUGUUGAAGGAGGAGGUGGUUACGAUGUCGAUGAUGAUAGUGGAAGCACCGAAAUAAAAUCUAGAAAUUGUUCUUGUGAAUGUGGUGUUUCUAAUCAAGAAAACAGAAUUGUCGGAGGCCGUCCAACGGGAGUCAAUCGUUAUCCAUGGAUAGCAAGGAUUGUAUAUGACGGGCAUUAUCAUUGUGGAGGUUCCUUAUUAACAGAAGAAUACGUUUUAACAGCUGCCCAUUGCAUGAGGAAGUUGAAAAAGUCCAAAAUAAGAGUUGUUCUGGGAGACCACGACGUAUCCACAACUGCAGAAGUUCCAGCGAUGAUGAGAGCUGUCGCCGCCAUUAUUAGGCACAAAAGUUUCGACAGUGAUACAUUCAAUCAUGACAUAGCUCUUUUAAAACUGAGGAGACCAGUCCAGUUCACCAAGCAGAUCAGGCCGAUUUGUUUACCUAAAAGUAAUCCUGCCGGUAGAAUAGGCACAGUCAUUGGAUGGGGUCGGACAUCAGAAGGUGGAAUGUUACCAAAUAUUAUUCAGGAAGUUGAUGUUCCAAUACUCACUCAAGAUCAAUGUAAAGCUAUGAAAUAUAGAGCAUCUAGAAUAACGAGUUACAUGUUAUGUGCAGGAAAAGGAACACAAGAUUCUUGCCAGGGUGAUAGUGGUGGCCCACUUCUAAUCCAUGACGGAGAUAAGUACGAAAUUGCAGGUAUCGUGUCCUGGGGAGUGGGAUGCGGUAGACCGGGAUAUCCAGGAGUAUAUACAAGAGCAUUCAAAUACGUUAAUUGGCUGCAUCGAGUUUUGGAAGACAGUUGUUUUUUCAAACAAAAAUAUCAAACACUUGUCUUGGUGACCAAGAUUGGCCCAGUUAUCACUCCAGAGUUUCACCAAGACUGGGCCAAGCCUGGCUUACAAGCUUGGGCCAGAGUUCUACUUAGUUGGGCCAAGCCUGGGCCAAGAUUGUGCCCUUGGAACUUGGAACUUGAAAUGACUCUUGGGGAUUAUACCGACCGUAUACACGCGGCCUACAAGGUGGAUAAUACGAUGAGAGUGCGUCCCAUGGCUGCUCUAGGUACUACUGCUUCCACGUGGCAGAGGUUACCUAAUCAAGAAAUGCAUUGUACAGAUAAAUAUGUCUGUGUAGCGUCAAAUACAAAUCCGUUUUCAAAAUUAUUCAGCUCCACUUUUGGAAAUGCCUUAAAUCGGCCACCUCCUAGACAUGAUACGCCUUCAUCCCCAUGUCAAUGUACUUGUGGAGAAAAAAAUGAAGAUAGUCGGAUAGUUGGCGGAAGACCAACCAAUGAAAAUGAGUUUCCCUGGAUGGCAAGAUUAUCAUAUUUCAAUAGAUUCUACUGUGGUGGGAUGCUUAUCAACGACAGAUACGUUUUAACGGCAGCUCAUUGUGUGAAGGGGUUUAUGUGGUUCAUGAUAAAAGUCAGUUUCGGUGAACACGAUAGAUGUAAUGACAAUAAGAAACCCGAAUCAAGAUUUGUUCUUCGAGCCAUUGCUGGAGAUUUCAGUUUUCUUCAUUUCGACAACGAUAUAGCUUUGUUGAGAUUGAAUGACAGAGUACCGAUAACACAGUUCAUAAAACCAAUUUGUUUACCAAAGAAAAAAGAUAAUGAUUAUGUUGGUACUAUUGCAAUAGCAUCAGGUUGGGGAACUUUAAGAGAAGAUGGUAAGCCAACCUGCAUCCUUCAAAAAGUCGAAGUACCAGUGAUUUCAAACGAAGACUGUAGAAAGACCAAUUAUUCUGCAAACAUGAUAUCGGAUAAUAUGAUGUGUGCUGGAUAUCCGAAAGUUGGACAAAAAGAUUCCUGCCAGGGUGACAGUGGAGGCCCAUUGAUAACAAAAAAAGCUGACUCAAGAUAUGAACUUAUAGGAAUUGUUUCGUGGGGAAAUGGAUGCGCCCGACCCGGUUACCCAGGAGUUUAUACCAGACUCACAAGGUAUUUAGAUUGGAUUUUGGAAAAUUCACAAGAUGGAUGUUUCUGUCAAGACUGAACUGAAUAAAUAAGAUUUUAAUCAUUAUAAAAGACUAUACAUUCUUAAAAAUAAAUUCACAAUAAUGUAUUUUAAUUAUAAGUUCUUAAUUUAUUAUUGAAAUUAAAAGUUCACUGUAUAAAUAAUGAUGCAAUAGAACGAUUAUUUGUUCUUUUUAAGUGACUCUUCAUUUAAUAAAUAUGCAUUAGAAACUC